CAAGGAGGGACAAACGACAGCACAGACAGAGGAGAGAGACGCCGGGACAGGAAAUACAAAUAAAAGAGAAGAAGAGGAAGACUGAUGGUGUCGUCUGAGAGAGAGUCAGACGGAGGGACUAGAGACACCGACACUGAGGGAGAGAGAGAGGCGGCCAGGACAAGGCUUUAACAUCAGUCAGCUGGGCCUGUGAGAGUGGAGGGCCAUCAGCUGAUUGGACGCAAACGUAGGAGGGUGGAGCCAUGAUGGGCAAGGAUUACAUGUUGGCCAUCAUCAUCGUGAACUAUGACGACAACAUCUGGACUGAUCAGAACCUGCUGCUGGACCCUGACCUCCCCUCUGGCUGGAGAACCAUCAAGGACUCAACAGGAACUUAUUACUGGCACGUUCCCACUGGCGCCACCCAGUGGCAGCACCCCCGCCUCAGCAUGACACCACAGCUGCUUCACACGCAGCAGGAAGAGGCUGAGCAGCAGAGCUCUAACACAGAGACAGAUGGAGCUCCUGAGGCCAGGUCGUCUUGGCAUGAAGAUUAUCUCACCAACCAUGAUCCAGAUGCCAAGUGUUUCGCCGUGCGCUCUCUGGGCUGGUUGGAGGUCGAAGAGGAGGAUCUGUCUCCCGGUCGCAGCAGCCUGGCGGUCAGCAACGUCAUCCAGCAGCUGUCUCACUGCAACAGCCCCGAACAGCGGGAACGGCCGGGAGCAUGGGGGGAGGGUCGUGAGAUGAUGCUUGUCCUGAAGAAAGACACUCUGACGUUACUGGACCCUUUAGACCACACCCCUCUGCACUGUCAACCAAUCAUCAACAUCCGUGUGUGGGGGGUGGGCUGCAACAACGGCAGGGACAGGGACUUUGCCUUUGUGGCGGGCGAUAAGGACAGCUGCGUGCUGAAGUGUCAUGUGUUUCGCUGCAACGCUCCAGCCAAAGCCAUCGCCAAGGCGCUGCACGAGAUGUGCUCCAAGAUGAUGUCAGAGAAGACAACUAGGCCGUCUCGCUCUCUGACAAUGGAGAGUAUCUCACCUGAAGACUUGCCCAGACAAGUGGAGUUCCUAGAGGCUGUCCGGCAGCAGGUGCAGAAGUUUGAGGUCCAGUACAUCGGGAAUCUUCCCGUGUCCAGAGCCAUGGGUAUGGAGGUGUUGAACAGAGCCAUUGAGAGCAUCAUGAACUCUACAGACAGAGACGAGUGGGAGCCGAUCGUCAUCCAUGUCACUGACAACAUCCUAUCUCUUUGGCGGGGGGAGGAGGGGGAAGAGCCUUUCUGGGAAUGUCAGGUGCGUUUCCUCACCUUCCUGGGUGUUGGCCACGACAGCCACACCUUCGCUGUGAUCGUGGAUGGCGGUACGCAGCGGUUCGAGUGUCAUGUGUUCUGGUGUGAGCCGGAUGCAGGGAUCCUGUCCGAGGCGGUGCAGGCAGCAUGCAUGGUUCAGUACCAGAAAUGUCUGGUGGCUCAGACUCCUCCUCCCAGGAGCAAGUCUUGGCGUGGGACCCCAUCGAAGGUCAAACGGGCCAACUCCAUGGACGGCGCCGCCUUCCCUCCACUUACAUCACAUUACCACAGCAGCAGUAGCGGGAGCGGCAGCUCCAUGAUGGUGCCGAGGAUCACCAAAGGCAUCGGCAGCAGUGGCAACGUGAGGAAGGGGAUGAUGGCUUUCUUCGAAACGUUCCGGAACAAACAGGCAGCCACCUCCUAAUGAUGGGGGUGGGGCCAGCGGAGACACGUGUCAGGAGGGACUGCCCAUCCUCUGGGACUCUGACCUGCAAGCAGUGAUGAGGAUGGCGUCUCAGGACCGACACGUCACUCUGGUGGUCCUCUUCCUACCGCCUUCACUUCACCAGCGACGCCCUGAGAACACCGCCGCUGCCGGGACACCUGUGGUUAGCUUAGCAUCAGAGAGCUAGCUACCUGACUGCUGGUAAAACAUGAACAGAGCCUGGACAGGAAGUGAUGGAGCGGACUGAUCAGCUGAUCCACAGAGGAUCAGUUCACCUGAAAAAACACAAAACGACAACCUGGAUGCCAGGUGCUUAUCCUCUUUCACUCAGGAGAGUAAAUAUCAAAAAUAUCACAAGAGAAACGAUGACUAUUAACAGACAGAUGAUAAACAUUUAUUUUACCAUGACGACUGGAGUCUGAUUGGUCCUCAAACUUUACCCUGAAUGUUUGAAACAAGGGGCAAAUGUAGAACUAAUGUAGAGCUAAUGUUGAACUACUGUUGGGCUAAUGUAGAGCUAAUGUAGAGCUAAUGUUGGGCUAAUGUUGAGCUAAUGUUGAGCUAAUGUUGGGAUAAUGUUGAGCUAAUGUUGAGCUAAUGUCAAGCUAAUGUUGAAAUAUUGUUGGGCUAAUGUUGAGCUAAUGUUGAAAUACUGUUGAGCUAAUGUUGGGCUAAUGUGACGCUAAUGUUGGGAUAAUGUUGAGCUAACAUAGAGCUAAUGUCAAGCUAAUGUUGAAAUACUGUUGGGCUAAUGUUGAGCUAAUGUUGGGAUAAUGUUGAGCUAAUGUAGAGCUAAUGUCAAGCUAAUGUAGAGUUAACAGUCAGCUACUAUUUUGCUUACAUUAAGCUAUCACUGGGCUACUGCUGAGCUAACACUGAGCUACCUUAGAGCUAACAUUGAUCUACAGCACUGUGAAAAAGUGUUGCCUCCUUCCUGAUUUCUUAUUUUUGUCCCACUUAAACGCUUCAGAUAAUCAAACUAAUGUUAAUAUUAGACAGAGAUAACCUGAGUGAAUACUAAAGGCAGUUUUUAAAUGAUUAUCUAUUUAUUAGGGGUAAAUCACUGAAACCUACCUGGCCCCAUGUGGACAAGGUCAUCACCCCCUAAACCUAAGAACUGUUCCAUUAUGGCAGCAACAACUGAAGCAAGCAUUUGUGAUAACUGCCAGUGAGUCUUUCACAUCACUGUGGAGGAAUGUUGUCCCACUCUUCUUUGAAGAAUUGUUUUAAUUCAGCCAUUCAUAAACUUUGAUGACAUCAACUUUCUAAAGUCUAUUAAAGGUUCUAAAGGAGGACAUCAUCAAAGUCAAAGGACGAAACGUUUGUGUAACUGGGUUUCCCUCACUUCCCACCAGUUCCACCCACUUUUUUUGGAGGGAAAAAGAACCAACAUCCACAGCUUCACAAACAUUCUGUCCUCUGCCUUUGAUUAUGAUGUAAUCUAGGCUUAAAUACAUUCUACCCAUACCUUUGAAGGUGUUUAGAUGUUAGAGUUGUCGUUGCACCUGGAGUCAUUGUGGUUGGCGGGCCACUCCUGGGAAGGUUCACCCUGUUCACAGUUUUCUCCAUUUGUGGAUAAUGGUUGUCACCAUGGUUGACUGGAGCCCCAAAGCCUUAGAAAUGUCUUUGUAACGCAGUGCUACUCAACCCAGCUCAACUAAAGAGCUAAAUUGUUGAAAAAUAUAUUUGCAAGAGCCACAAUCUUAGUGGUGAAAAGUGGCAAUUACAAUAAGAUAAAAGGUGGCUAAAGUGGUCAAAAAGCGGCAAACACUUGGAGAAAAACGACGAGAAAGGGCAAGACAUGGCAAAAAUGGGCGGGAAGUGACCAAAAAAUAAGUUAAAGGUGGCAAAAAAUGGCAAAUAUCAGAAAAA